AUGGCCACCGGUGACACCGUUUUGCCUUUGGCAGUGUCGAGCCCUCCUCCACACCUGCUGGACAACAGCCCCAGCAACCUCUCGAGUCCUUUGAGCGAGGUCGAGGACAAGUACGGCGAUCAUGACGAGCCGGAUCUUGAAAUGAAAGAUGACGAAAGCAAUGCACAGAGCACACCCAAAAGAAACGGAGCUCAUGGCGUACCGGAAUCCGAUCUCGCUUCAGAGCCAGACGAGGACAGCAAACUGUCCGAGGUGGACGUCAAUGACUCCGAAGCAGAAACCGAAAGAUUAUUCGAUACACCUCCCAAGAACGGCGCGACACGCGACAUUGUGAACGCCGCCGAUGGUGCGGGAACCCGACGAUUCACCGAUCGGCGCGAGCGGGUCUUUGAGCGAAGCCCCAGCAAGCUCCAACAGCAGCUCCAAGCCGACAUAGACGCUGAAGAUACUCCCACCGCGAACAAUAGUUCCGAGGAUGAGGAGGCAGCAGAUGACGGCGACGUGUCAAUGGCAUCGAGUGAUCGCGAGGACGAGCCCACAAAGAGACCAUCACGACAGCUGCCACCACGGUCGCCUACACAAGCCAAAAAGAACCAAAUAAUCACAUUUACCAAACAACCGGUAUCACAAGCCAACAGCGAUGAUUCGAGCGAGUCUAAGAAACGAAAGCGAUCCUCGGUUGUCGAGCUACCAGAAGCCGAGCAGCCUCCCAAGAAGCGAGCUGCCUCGAUUGACCCCGCCGACCGCGAGUUCUCCGCCGGUGACGUCCCGAUGGUUGACGAUGAUGUGCUAUCGACGGCUCCGCAAAGCGGGGAACAUACCGCCGAGGAGGAUAACAUUGAGGAACCGGUCGUCCCCGAGGAGGUCAAAAACACACCCGUGGAGUCUGUUGAAGAGGCCGUUGCGACGUCAACUAGAGGCAAAAAAGGGAAACGCAGUCCCGUGAAACGACGAAAGAGCAAAAGUCCUGAAGCUGGCACACCUUUGGAAGCUCCAGAUGAGCCACCCGAAGAUGCCGACGUUCCCAGUGGUGUGCCGACGCCUCAGCCAGAGGAUCGCACGGCCGACGAAAUCGACGAAGAGGCCGAGGCAGCACACAGAAACGAAGAAGAGUUGGAGCGCAAAAAGGCAGCCUGGGAAGAGCUUGCCGCCAUUGAGAAGCAAUUCUCCAACUUUCGAGAGCGUCUAUACCAGGAACGCUUAGACCAGCUUAACCGCGAGGAAGAGAUGCUGCUGAGUGACACUCCUACACAUCACGAACUCCUCGCAAUGCUACAAUGUCUCGAAGAGCGCCGAGCGGAAACAAUACGGAAGAGCAACCUCGAAUUGCAGUUCAAAAUGUCUGUACUCAACCAUCGAGCGGUCGCAGAGCGGGCACAAAUCAUGUCGCAGUUCUAUCAGUCUGUGCGGGCCGAAAGAGAAAAGACAAUUGAGGGUCUUGGCCAAGACUGGUACGACAUUCAACAAGAAAGAAGACGGUUGACAAGUGUCAUUCCGGAAUACGGCCUGGGGUUCCCAGCAACAAAGGCCCAGGCCGUCAGACAAGCCGUGUCUUACACAAGAGAGGUGUCGAUACUUUCUGGGUUUGCGAAACAUGUCGGCUUUCCAGCUGCGCCCACGAUAUCAGGGGUUACAGAAGAACAGCUGGAGGACGAUCUGGAAGCUAUUGCAAGCGCUCGUGAGCCGGUACCUAGACCGAUCGCCAUCCCUCCUCCGACAUUCCCUCAGGACCUGACGGCAGGAUUUGGGCCUUCGCUUGGCCUUGCAGGAGAGCAGUUUAUUGAGCAAACACCUUGGCUCAACCCUCGGCACCCAGCACAUCGACAACAGCAACCGCACCGACGAGAACAAAACCUACAGCACGUUUUUGCACCCGGGCCAGUGCAAGGAUCAACACCCAAAAGCCACUCGCAACAGCCCGGUGGUCUCUUUUCUUCUAGUACCUCGAUGAUACCGAACGGUGACUCGCCAGUACAGCUGCACAAAAACCACUCAGCAAGCACUGUCGAAGCCAUCAAAAGGACAAAACUCGGCCCUGAGCCAUUCCGGCGCGACCCAGCGAUACAGGCGUCCUAA